AGCUGAAAUUACCGGAAUGAACAUCGGUGUCCAAAAUCGCAUUGCGGCCGCGAUUGCGCAGUUGUUGCGCAAGUCACAUAAAUAUUCUAUUUAUUAACUUCGCAGUUCACAGCCUCAUGCCACUCAAAACAAAUUUUAUCUCAGUAUUUUAUAUCUAAAUGUAUUCAGACUGUAGUUUAUAAUAAUUCGACUGUAAAGAUUUGUCCUCGGAUGGUUAUCUACUUCGCAAGACUGCUACAAGUUGAGUGGAUUAUUAAUAAAUAUUAAGCGGUUAGAGGUUAAGAUUAAAUCUGUGAUGAUAGCAAGUUUGUGGAAGUGACGAAAACUAUUUACCAAUGAGUCCCAGAAACAGAAAUGAGAUGGAUUCUGGCGGUAUCGAAGCGAACUAUGUUUAUUUAUUUCAUAUUGUUAUUUCUAUUAUAUUUAUUUUAUGCUCUGAAUUCUUGUUUAGUUGACGAAAAACAGUUGACGAUCAAAUAUCUGUUUUUAAAACGUCACAUAUCGAGCUACAAAAGCGCUACAGUGCGCUUCGCUUCACUGCUGGGACUGGACUGGUCGGAGAACAAGUACAGACGGCUGAAGAACCAAAACUUGGUGCCGGUGAAGAGGCUGCCCGAUGCGCUUAUUAUAGGAGUAAAGAAGUGCGGCACUAGAGCGUUGCUGGAGUUCUUAAGGUUACAUCCAGAUGUCCGGGCUGCAGGAUCUGAAGUCCAUUUCUUUGAUAAGUUUUACCACAAGGGAUUCGAAUGGUACAGGGACAGAAUGCCCCCUACCCUCGAGGGCCAGAUCACGAUGGAAAAGACGCCUUCGUACUGGGUGACACGUUCGGCCCCCAAAAGGGUGUACGCUAUGAACCCUUCAGUCAAACUGUUGGCUGUUGUUAGAGACCCUGUUACAAGAGCCAUUAGCGAUUAUACGCAAUCUGCCAGCAAAAGACCAUCCCUUCCACGCUUCGAGGAUCUAGCUCUGGUCAACAGCACAGUUGGCUGGGGUGGACCCUGGUCAGUAGUGGACGCGUCGUGGCCACCAGUGAGGCUUGGCGUUUACGCGAGGCCACUUCGACGCUGGUUGAGGAGAUUCCCGCGAUCAAAACUAUUGCUGAUCAGUGGAGAAAGACUGGUUGCUGAUCCAGCUGCUGAAAUGGCUAGAGUGCAGGAAUUCCUGGGUCUCAAGCAUGUGAUAACAGAAAAGCAUUUCUACUUCAACUCAACUAAAGGCUUCCCUUGCCUCUUGAAGUCAGAGAGUCGGCCCACUCCUCACUGCUUAGGAAAAACUAAAGGAAGAAGCCACCCUCAUAUAGAUCCUGUGGCUAUUGAAAGGCUAAGGGACUUCUAUAGGCCUUUCAAUGAAAGAUUCUACCAACUUUCAGGUAUAAACUUUGGAUGGCCUUGAUAAACUGUUGUGAUUAAUGUAGUAUACGGCCAACGAUUUAUAAAGUUAAAGUGCCAUCAUAAAAUUGUAAUAUAAGUAUGUACUUGAGGCUAUAUUGGUGCAUGGAAACUAAACAACGAAAAAUUAUGUAUACGUUUUGUUUGCAAUGAAAUGAAAAAUAAUAGCAUUUAAGAAUAGUUAAUUUAAGUACUAAAUUAUUGGUUAAAACAUUAGUUCCUUUUAGUCUAAAUAUAUUCUGCACAUGAAUGUAGCUGCUUCCAGUUCCUAGCUUUGAUUAAGUAUUCCUUAUACAUGUUCCAUUGAUUUUCGAUGUUUUUUAGCUUCAUAAUUUAUACGAUUAUGAAGCAUGUUAUUCAAAUAUCAGUUUAAAACUAUCACUGUCCGUAACUAUAUCAAUUAACGCGUCGACUAACUUGUUUAGCUUUAAAUCGCAGUAAGUAAUCUUCCUUCUAAAAUAUUUAAUUAAUUAAGUUAAUAUAAUGACAUAAGACCCCGCGUAUCGGGAUAAGGCAAGGCAGAAAAAGAAGAAUAUAGAUAAUAAGCCAUAUUGUAUCGUCAAUAAUUUGGCCGAGAUGUCAUAUUUAUUUGCAUUCAUCAACGGCAUCGUCCAAAACUUAGAUACAUUUGGUUUUAAAGAGUUGGAAAUAACUUGACAAUUUACCACAAAACGAAUUUUAAACGAUGGUUGUGUUAAGAGGUAAACGAAAUGGAUUAAGUAAACGUCAUAUUAAUAGUUAUUGCAAUAAUUGUCAUAUUUCUUUGCAUUCAUUGCAACAACGGCAUCGUCCAAAAGUCAUUUUGGUUUUAAAGAUGUCUAAUAGUACGUAAUAAUAAAAUAUAUAUAAUAAAUCUAACAAUUAUAGUGGUAGGUAAAUGUAGUGGACGUAGUGGUGUAGUUUUUACAGUCACCACUAUUAUUAUGGAAAUGCCUGAAAAAGCUCAAUUUGUAAGUUAUGACAUUGUUGCACACAAGGAAAUGUAGAGUUUAAUACAUAUAACGGAUCGUCACCUCUUGUAUAAAUAACAUUGUGAUAAACGUGUUUGUCUGUUUAAGGUAUUUAAUAGCAUUUCUGUUCUGUUUCUGUGAUAACCUUAAGAUAAACCAAGCAUAGUUUACCUACUUUAUUUGUACCUACAGGUACUCGACACUCGAAUUAUGUCAAUACUUUUUAUUGCGUUGCUUGCGUAAGUUCGUCAUAUUAUAGAUAAAAUAUAAAUAAAAGUAUUAAAUAACAGAAAAAAAACAAGAUAUUGAAGUAAUCUGCUGUUUGCUUGAUUAACUAUAAUUAAAAAAAUAUCAACUAUUAACAGAAUUUUGAUCAGAUUCUCAAUUUAUUCUAUCACAGGUUUUUGAAAAUUGUUUGUGUAUAAUGUACAACUGGUACAACACACAACCUCGGUAGUUCGGUAGUUAGAUAAAUAUGGUAAUGUCACUAUAGAAGAGACAUUAAAAUUAAAAACAAUUAAGUACCUACUUUUUAAGAGAAAAUAAUAGCUCAAUUAAAACACCUAUUAUAAUACGAUAUUUUUAGAUAGACAUAAUAAUCGUUUAAAUAAUAAACAUCGAUAUUUAUUAGUAACAUACCUACCUAAACUUUGAUUCCCAUUGGGGGUUCAAAGUUUAGGUAGGUACCGCUACCUCAUAACUUUAAUAUUUUGAGGCUACAUGCGAAACGAAACCAGAUCGAAACUUAAGUAUGAGUCCUGCCUGAGAUUAGUUAAAUUUUUAAAGAUACAAUAAUCAUGAAGUCUUGACUUGAACCUACUUUAUUAUGAAAAUUGCACUUUAUGAUAACUCGCACAAAGCAAAUAUCGGCUUGUGAUAAAUAUUGUCCUUAAUAUUUAAUGAAUGAUACGGCGGCGGUCUAGAUAUCGAUGUUUAUUAUUUCUUAUCGAUAUAAGGCUCGCAUUAAGAAACGACCUUCAAGUACGAAUCUACAAUUAAAAAUAGAUUCAAGUUUGUGAUUGGUCGAAAUAUUUAAAUCAACCAAUAAUAUGCUUGGAUCUACGUACGUCGAUAGAAUUUUGAGCUUUAAAAACUCUACAAUUAAGCUCAAAUUCGAUUAAAACCCAAGCAUAGAUUCGACUUGCGAGAGGUUUCAACGAGCCUUAAGGCGCGCGCGCACGGGUCUUUUGUGACAGUAUGGCUCUACAUAUACAGGUUGUUAGGUAAAUGGGUAUAUUAGUAAAUUUUGUAAAAUCCGGUUUGUAUGAAAAUUAAAAAAAUUAAAAUGAAGAUUUUUUUUUACUUCACCAUACCAUUUAUAUGCCCAUGUUAACAUGGGCUAGUGUCGGCUCAUAUGCCCAUUUACCUAACACCCUGUAGAAUAAGUACUACGUUGUUUCUUUUUCUCUUUAUAAAAGUGUAAAAGAGAAAGAUAUGCUGUCACAAAAAGUCACCCGUGCGCGCAAAGCCUAGUAGUUAUAAUAAUUUGCACUGAGCCAUCCCAACACACGUGCCAUGUAGACGCUAUCAAUUAUUAAGCUUGCCAAGUUGUUAGAUAUUUAAAAUAAUAAAGUUGCCAAUGAUAUAAAACCUUGUUUUAUUUAUCUUCACAUAACAUCAAGUAUAAACAGUUUCACUUAGAAUAAAUAAAUACCCGACACUGGGCAAAGUAUGACAUAAGUUAUUCUAAUAUUUUUCCAAAUUGGAAACCUGUUUUCGGUAACCCUAACGUGAUGACAAUUAAUCAGUGUUGAAUUUAAUACUAUAGAUACACAAUAAAGUUAAAAUUCCAGGUACUGACCGCUUGGAACUGAGGGCUUAGUGUGAUUUUACAUCAAAAGUCGUCAGUAGUAGUGAGCGCGUUUAAAAAAUCCAUGAAGAUUUUCUUUCUUGAAAGUAUCCGCUAGUGACGACGUUUUUAUGUAAACUCACACUAAGCCCUCUGUACUACAUUACAUGACUAUUUGGAUUGAUUAUUAAAUUGGACACACAAGUGGUUCUUCUUAGCAUAUUUAGAGAAUAAUGUAGGCAUGACAUUUUAACAAGUAAAAAUGUCAGCUGCCCACAUUUUCCUUCAAUAACUUUUACAACCUUACUAUUUAUUUGUAAUAAUAAAUAUUGUGUGUUUAUACAAGAUUAAACAACCAGUGGAGUAAUAAAAAUUAUAGUAUUUCAAUUUUCAAAGACGGUUUUGAAGAGGAACAAAAAUGCAAAAAUCACACAUACUUACACAUAAAUAUACAUGCACAUUUAAUUAUAGAUUAGGGAGCGACCCCCGACAACAUAUUUUUAUAAGUGUGGUCACUGCCUAAUUGUAAAUGUCUCUUACAAAAUACCAAGA